CGCUUCCAGCGAUGCUGCUGGGAUGAUCAUGAGGAUGGGAACAGGAAGUUCACGUCACUGACAGAAAUGGGACCAAAGGAAGAAAACACCACGAUGAUGAGGAGGAGAACGUCAAAGCAGCUUGUUUAAAGAAGGAAAAACCACCGAAGUGCAUCCAGCUUUAAGCGAGGAGAAACAAUGAGCUGCCAUGUCGGAGCUGGAUCUGAGGCAUCAGGAAGGGUAACGGCGUGUUGCUAAAUGGAGUCGGAGCAGCUCUACCACAGAGGCUACUGCAGGAACAGCUACAACAGCAUCGCCAGCGCCAGCAGUGACGAGGAGCUGCUGGAUGGAGCUGGCAUCGUCAUGGACUUCCACACCACUGAGGAUGACAACCUGCUGGAUGGGGACGCUGCCUCCCCAGGCUCUAACUACGCCAUGUCUAAUGGGGGUGGAGCAGCCAGUAGUAGCACCCAUCUGUUGGACUUCCUGGAGGAACCCAUUCCAGGAGUCGGGACGUACGAUGACUUCCACACCAUCGACUGGGUUCGCGAGAAGUGCAAAGAUCGCGAGAGACACAGAAAGAUCAACAGCAAGAAGAAAGAGUCGGCAUGGGAGUUCACCAAGAGCCUGUACGACGCUUGGUCUGGGUGGCUGGUUGUGACGCUCACCGGCUUAGCAUCAGGUGCUUUGGCUGGCCUGAUUGACAUUGCUGCUGAUUGGAUGAAUGACCUGAAGGAGGGGGUUUGCCUGAGCGCCAUGUGGUUCAACCACGAGCAGUGCUGCUGGACAUCCAAUGAGACCACCUUCGAUGAGCGGGACAAGUGUACUCAGUGGAAGAGCUGGGCUGAGCUAAUAUUGGGGCAGGCCGAGGGCCCCGGCUCUUACAUCAUGAACUACUUCAUGUAUAUCUACUGGGCUCUGUCCUUUGCCUUCCUGGCCGUCUGUCUGGUCAAGGUUUUCGCUCCAUAUGCCUGCGGCUCAGGAAUCCCUGAGAUCAAGACAAUCUUGAGUGGGUUCAUCAUCCGGGGCUACUUGGGUAAGUGGACCCUGAUGAUUAAGACCAUCACUCUGGUGCUGGCUGUGGCGUCUGGGCUCAGCCUGGGGAAGGAGGGCCCCCUGGUCCACGUGGCCUGCUGCUGUGGAAACAUCUUCUCCUACCUCUUCCCAAAGUACAGCAAGAACGAGGCCAAGAAGCGAGAGGUUUUAUCGGCUGCAUCCGCUGCUGGGGUCUCUGUAGCUUUCGGCGCACCGAUAGGAGGAGUUCUCUUCAGCUUGGAAGAGGUGAGCUACUACUUCCCUCUAAAGACUCUGUGGCGCUCCUUCUUCGCCGCCCUGGUGGCGGCCUUCGUGCUGCGCUCCAUCAACCCCUUUGGUAACAGCCGGCUGGUACUGUUCUACGUGGAGUAUCACACUCCCUGGUACCUGUUUGAGCUCAUCCCCUUCAUCCUUCUGGGUGUGUUCGGGGGGCUCUGGGGUGCCUUCUUCAUCCGAACAAACAUCGCCUGGUGCAGGAGACGCAAGUCCACACGCUUUGGGAAGUACCCGGUGUUGGAGGUGAUCCUAGUCGCCACCAUAACAGCAGUGGUUGCUUUUCCAAACCCCUACACCCGUCAGAACACUAGCGAGCUGAUCAAAGAGCUGUUCACAGACUGCGGCCCGCUGGAAACCUCCGCACUCUGCAAGUACCGCAGCGAGAUGAACGGCAGCACCGCUUACACGGACAACCCCAACCAGCCGGCGGGACCAGGCGUCUACUCGGCCAUGUGGCAGCUCUGCCUGGCUCUCAUCUUUAAAAUCAUCAUGACUAUAUUCACUUUUGGACUAAAGGUACCAUCAGGCUUGUUCAUCCCCAGCAUGGCCAUUGGAGCAAUCGCGGGCCGAAUUGUCGGCAUCGCCAUGGAGCAGCUCGCCUACUACCACCACGACUGGUUCUUGUUCAAAGAGUGGUGCGAGGUUGGAGCGGACUGCAUCACCCCAGGCCUCUACGCCAUGGUGGGGGCCGCAGCGUGUUUGGGCGGAGUGACACGUAUGACCGUAUCACUAGUGGUCAUUGUGUUCGAACUGACAGGCGGGCUGGAAUACAUCGUCCCCCUGAUGGCCGCCAUCAUGACCAGCAAAUGGGUGGGUGAUGCGUUCGGCCGCGAGGGAAUCUACGAGGCCCACAUCCGUCUGAACGGAUACCCCUUCCUGGACGCCAAAGAGGAGUUCACACACACCACGCUGGCCAGAGACGUGAUGAGGCCCCGGAGCAGCGACCCUCCACUGGCGGUGCUGACGCAGGACGACCUGACAGUCGAGGAGCUGCAGGGUAUCAUCAAUGAAACCAGUUAUAAUGGUUUUCCAGUGAUCGUGUCUAAGGAGUCGCAGAGACUGGUGGGCUUCGCUCUGCGUAGGGACAUAACUAUUGCUAUAGAAAAUGCUCGCCGCAGGCAGGAGGGCAUCAUGUUGAACUCCAGGGUGUACUUCACCCAGCACGCACCCACCCUGCCGGCCGACAGCCCCCGGCCCCUCAAACUGCGCUCCAUCCUGGACAUGAGCCCCUUCACGGUCACGGACCACACCCCCAUGGAGAUCGUAGUGGACAUUUUCAGAAAGCUGGGGCUGCGACAGUGUCUGGUCACUCACAACGGGAAUGUGUUGGGCAUCAUCACAAAGAAGAAUAUAUUAGAGCAUCUGGAGGAGCUCAAGCAACACACGGAGCCCCUGGCGGCUUCUUGGUAUCGUCACAAAAAAAGAUAUCCUUCGUCACAUGGCUCAAAUGGCAAACCAAGAUCCAGAGUCCAUCAUGUUCAACUGAUCCGCUCCUUCCAAGACGGCUGGGGGGGAGGAGGAGGAUGUAAUGAGGAGGGGGAGCAGGAGGAGGAAGAUGAGGAGGUGUGCCUCCUGAAGGGCACCGAUCUCUGACAUCCGGACCCUGUUUCUGUUUAGUUUCUUUUUCAUUUGGCGUUUAACUCUGCAGGCCCCGAGCCUCUGAAAGACUGGCUGUGGGCGAAGAACGACGAUGAGGACGCUGAUAUUGUCGUUUGGCUGCUGAGGACUCUGAAAAAAACGUUACUAUUGAAGGCAUUUGUUGUUUGUUUUUUAAACAAAACAGUUUUGCACUCACAGACACCUCAGACAUGCAUGCUGACUCCUAACACACACGCUCCAGAAACCCAGUAACGUACACCUGUUUGCACUCUUGUUGUGCCUGCCCUGCUGUCCUGUUAAAGCUCACGCCGCGGAGGGCGUGGUCAUCAUCAGACUGGGGUCAGGAUGAAGCGCAGACGAGGGAUGCGAUGAUGGGACCUCCAGGCUCCUGUGCUCCCCCUCCCCUCCAUGGAACAAACCAUCCGUCCUUCAAGAAAAACCACUUUGUUUACCUGUGAAGUAUGAGUGAGUGUGUCUGCAGCGCCCCCACAUUCCAGCCAGGCUCUGACGGGAACUGCACCUCAUCUUCACUCUGGUCUCCCUGUGUGCAAUGAGUAAAAAACAGAGGGAGGGGCUCAGAUGGAGUUAAUUAGUACAAUAUUUCAAGAACAAACAUUAAGAAUGAAAAGAUUAUUUCAUUUUUUAUUUGAGCUAAUCGUUUGAGUGCAAAUUUAGUCCAUUUAUAAUAAGGCAGGUGAAGCGUGUGUUUAGAAGUUAAAAAUGAAAAGCUGUGAGUUUAAAUCCACACUACAGAUUUAUGAAGUCACCUCUUUUGUCUAAGAAGGAACAUUUAAAAAACCUGAUCUGAAAAUAACCAAUCACUGCUUGAAGCGUAAAGGUGGGCAGCAUUGAUUGGUAGAUUUUUUUCCUUUCAAUAAAACGGGUCAGAAACUUCAAAAUACAAAAAGCAUUUCAAUAAAUUGGAAUAACACGCAGUUUGGACUAUUAUGGCUUACAGCUAAUAGAUAACAGAGAGGAAAGUGAUCAGUACUUCUCUAAAAUAACAUGUUAAUAUCCAAAGCAAAAUAAUAAAAGUUAACAGAAACUUGAAAUUGAUCCUUUUGAGUGAGUUUUUGCAUUAAUGAAAUAAAGGAUCACUCUCUUAAUCACUAAACCGAUCUCUAGCUUGUGUUAUGUAAUAAAUAAUUAACCCAAUUGUCAGUGAGGCAACAAGAAGCUAAUUUAAGAAGAAAAGUAAAUUCUCUAAAGUCUGCUGCUGGUCUUAUUAGUGGAACUUAAAAGAAAUCGGAGCCAGACGAGGCUGAAUGACUGAAAACAGGAUCUAACUGAAGGCUGCUUUUAAUUCAGCUCUGCUAAAUCUGAACGCACGUCCUUUGUGCUUCUCUGUUCGCCACGUCUUUCCUCAGACGUCUCACAUUUCAGUUGGAAAUUAGAAGAGGAGGCGGGUUAGAUGAGGAAGUGGACGAGCGAUUGGACAUUACCUGUAGAGUGAUUGGUGUGUGUGUGUGUGUGUGUGUGAGCUGUGGCUCAGCAGGGAGCAGAGCAUCAUCUCUAUCAACCUGUGUUGUUGCCUAACGUCGUAUUUCAUACCGAACCCGAUGUUUUUCUCCUUUAUUUUAUAAUUUAUGAGUAGUGUCAAUACAAUUGUGAUUAUUAUCCUGAAAAAUUUUAUGUAUGAUUACGUUGUUUGAUUGUACAUUAAGAACAGAGACUAUGUAAAGAAAAAUAAUGUUUUAAAUUAAAAGGAGAAACUAUUGAAGUUGCA